AUGAGUCGAUGUGUACCGAGCUGGGAUCUGGAAGACGUUAACGCUAAUCAUGAUGUUUUCAGGUUAGAAUAUGAAGUGGCGGAAUUAAAAUGGGAAAAUGGGCAGCUAGCCAUGCACGAGUUAGGUUCCCGGCGCGUGCCGACCAAAUCGCACUCGACGACAUCUAUUCUUCCGAAAUACACGUGGGAAAAGCCACGCGCCGCCGAGACUCUCGAGGCUAUAGUAAACCAAGCCACCCUUCAAUCCUACUGCAAAACCCAAGAAGCGGUUGACGAGGAGGAGGAGGAGAUAGUCCUAUGGCUGAACCAGAACCACCACCUCCCAACCGCGGCUGUCGGAAGUGUCAACGCGUUGUCGGCCACCACGACUUCCGACGCGUUGGUGCCCAGCGCUAACAACAGAAGCGAUGUCGAUGUGAGAUCUGGUCCGUCAACCAUGAGUGUUCGUGAUGCUGGUUGCUCGACGCGUGUUGGAUCAUGCAGCGGUGAUCCAUCAGCAUUUGUGGACCGGAGGGUGGCUCGUGGUGGCGGUGAAGCACACGAUUGGAGUAGCUGCAGGGACCAGAGCCUGAGUGAGAGUGGGACUUUUGUGACGCUGGAUACAUGCGACGGCGAUUUGGAUGGUAGACGGUUGAUGUCUACUUCAACGGCGUGGCCGGAAAAUACUAGCUCCGGCAAAGACUUCUCAAAGUCAACGUCUCGCGAUGACUCUGUUUCUCAUCCUAGAACUCAGGUAACUUCUCAAAUAGUAAAGGAGAAAUGUUCGAUCUCAAAUAAACGGAAAAGGAUGCCUGCAAUUCGUAAUCAAUCCGAACGGAAACGAAGAGACAAAAUCAAUGAAAAAAUGAAGAUGCUACAAAAGUUGGUUCCCAACUCCAGCAAGACGGAUAAAGCGUCGAUGCUUGACGAAAUAAUAGAAUACGUGAAACAGUUGCAAUCAUACAUUCAUAUGAUCAACAGAAUGAACAUUUCAUCAAUGAUGAUGCCAUUAGCCAUGCAGCAACAACAACAAAUGCAGAUGUCCAUGAUGAGCUCCAUGGGCAUGGGGAUGGGGAUGGGCAUGGGGAUGGGAAUGGGAGGCAUGGAUAUGAACACCAUCGGUUGCUCCAACAUUCCGACCCGUUUCCAUCCCUCCACUUUCAUGCACAUGCCUUCUUGGAACAACCACACCACCAAUCCUGCUGCCAACAAUACUGUGUUGCCUGCUGAUCCCAUGUAUACUUUUCUUGGUUGCCAACCUCAAUCUCAGCCAAUGAACAUGGAUGCUUAUAGUAGAGCUUUGUAUCAACAUAUGCAAAAUCAACCUUGUGCCCCAAUUCCCAAGAACUGAUCGAUGUAGUUAUAAAGACUUCGGAAAACCGCAUCUGACAGAUAAAACCCCCUUCCUUUUUGUCGUUCAUCUGAGUGAUUCAUUUUCAUUACUUUGAGCAUGUUUUAAGAACUAACAGUAGUUUAUAGACUAUUGUCUUAGACUUACGUUAUGCACGCUUGUGAACUCCUUAUGAUGUAUAAUAUUAUGAAUUCUUAGUUGUAUAGUACAUUCUUGUGGUAUUAGGGUUGUAACUUAAUUGGUUAUGAUGGAAAUCAUGAUUCGUUUGAUAGAAAUGAAUAAAUGAGUGUGAAAUGAUCAAAG